CACUGACAUAGUUGUAAAAUAGGUGUCUUUGAUUUUUUUUAAACUUAGUAUCUGUUGAAUACUUUCAAAUAAAUCUAAUAACUUUAUCACCAAAAAACAUAGGGUGAAUGUCUACAUAUCGGUGCUCAGUCAAAGUCCUAAAUCGAUAUGAGUUUGUAUUACUUUCGCAAUUUGACACGGAGUACUCCGUCUGUUGUGAGGGACGUCAAUGAAGUUCCCCAUUUUGUAUCCCUGUAGGUUGAGCCCGUUCGUUAAGCCGUAGCUCUGUUGUCAACACGUGGCCAGUGUUUGAAGCGUGGAGAUAGAUACACGCUGUGUGAAGUAGACCAGAGGCCCAGGAAUUUAAGAAUGAGCGAGUUCGAAGAAUCUGGCAUCGGAGAAGAGUGCGGAGUUUUCGGCUGUGUUGCCGCAGGAGAAUGGCCAACGCAACUAGAAGUUGCCCAAGUGUUAACUUUGGGACUUGUCGCGCUACAACAUAGGGGUCAGGAAAGUGCUGGAAUCGUCACAAGUAAUGGAGUCAACCCACCAACGUACAACACCCUCAAGGGGAUGGGGUUAGUGAACAAUGCCUUUCCACCUGAGGACCUUCUGAAGCUGCGCUAUGGUAACCUGGGCAUCGGGCACACACGCUACUCCACCACGGGCAUCUCUGAGCUCCAGAACUGCCAGCCCUUUGUAGUGGACACACUGCACGGCAAGAUAGCUGUGGCACACAACGGGGAGCUGGUCAAUGCAGCCGCACUGCGUAAAAAGGUGAUGCGUCACGGCGUGGGUCUCUCCACCAGCUCAGACAGUGAGCUCAUCACCCAGCUGCUGGCUCUGACUCCGCCCAUGGAGGAGCUGGAUGCCCCUGACUGGGUGGCCAGGAUAAAGAACCUGAUGCAUGAGACCCCUACAUCCUACUCACUGCUGGUGAUGUACACAGAUGUGAUCUAUGCUAUCCGUGACCCGUAUGGAAACAGACCGCUCAGCAUCGGACGCCUCGUCCCCAUUUCUAAACUCCACACUGCAGGUGCUGGUGAGGGAGACACAGAGGGUUGGGUGGUGUCAUCAGAGUCCUGCAGCUUCCAGUCAAUCGGUGCCAAGUACCACAGAGAGGUGAUGCCUGGAGAGAUAGUCCAGAUCUCCAAACACGGUGUGAAGACCCUAAGCAUCGUCCCUCGCCCCGAGGGAGACCUCCCUGCCUUUUGCAUCUUUGAAUAUGUUUACUUUGCCAGACCAGACUCCAUAUUUGAAGGUCAGAUGGUGUACACAGUCAGGCAGCGCUGUGGACGGCAGCUAGCCAUUGAGGCCCCUACAGAGGCAGACGUGGUCAGCACUGUGCCCGAGUCUGCUACUCCUGCUGCACUGGGAUACGCGGAGCAGUCGGGACUGCCGUACGUAGAGGUUCUGUGUAAGAAUCGCUACGUUGGGAGGACAUUUAUUCAACCAAACACACGCCUCAGGCAGUUGGGGGUGGCCAAGAAGUUUGGUGCGCUGACAGACAACUUUGCAGGCAAGCGGGUGGUGCUUGUUGAUGAUUCCAUCGUCAGGGGCAACACCAUCGCCCCCAUAAUCAAGUUGUUGAAGGAAGCAGGAGCCACAGAGGUCCACAUCCGCGUUGCCUCCCCACCCAUCAGGUUCCCCUGCUACAUGGGCAUCAACAUCCCCACAAAAGAGGAGCUCAUUGCUAACAGGCCAGAGUUUAAGGACAUUGCUGGCUACAUUGGUGCCACCAGCGUGCAGUAUCUGUCAGUGGAGGGCCUGGUGUCAGCGGUGCAGGGGGGAAUCCACUCCCUCCAGAAGGAUGAGCGGAUCAGCACCAACACCAAGGCCAGCAGGAGAGUGGGCCACUGCACUGCCUGCCUCACAGGCAAAUACCCUGUGGAACUGGAGUGGUGACCGCCGACCCCAACCUCAAACCACAACCACUAUCUUGACCACACUACUGCUGUUAUUGUACUUAAUCUAAUGUCUAAAGUGUGAACCUUAACCAUAAUCUAACCAAGGAAGUGCCUCUUGGAGCCUACUUGGUCACAGUAUGGGUGCCUAGGGCACGGCCUCACCUUGACAAGUAAACACAGAAUUGCUGUAGCUACUAAAUUUUUCCUGAAAGCUGUUACGUUUGAGUGGUGCCUGGCCUGCUUUGGUCUGAAACAGUUGGGCCUUGAUGCUUCCACUCUGGCAACACAAUAACCUUAUGCACGUCAAUGUAUUACAUUUCAACUCAGCUUUUUCAUUCCACAUAAUAUUCCAUUGUUAUUAAAAACUAGCAUUCUGACUCCUUUCUCUCAUAGGAGAGAUUAGUUACAAGUGGCCGUAUCAGCUUUAAGACGCACAACUUCAAACCAAAAACGUUAUGUGAAAACAACUUGCUUCCAUUUAAUAAUAUAAAUGCAACAAUUUCAAGUAUUUUACUGAGUUAGUUCAUAAGGAAAUCAUCAAUUGGAAUAAAAUCAUUAGGCCCUAAUCUAUGGAUUUCACAUGACUGGGAAUACAGAACACGCCGUCGUACACAUCGACCCAGAGCAUCCCAAACAUGCUCAAUGGGUGACCUGUCUGGUGAGUAUGCAGGACAUGGAAUAAUGUAUAGGCCAUUUUCAGCUUCCAGGAAUUGUGUACAGAUCCUUGCGACAUGGGACUGUGCAUUAUCAUGCUGAAACGAGUUGUUGGCAGCGGAUGAAUGGCACCAACGGGCCUCAGGAUCUCAUUCAAAUUGUCAUCGAUACAAUACAAUCAUGUUCGUUUUCCGUAGUUUAUGCCUACCCAUACCAUAACCGCGACCAUGGGGCACUUUGUUCACAACGUUGACAUCCGCAAACCGUUCGCCCACACACCAUACACUGCCAUCGGCCCGGUACAAUUGAAACCAGGAUUCAUCUGUGAAGAGCACACUUCUCCAGCAUACCAGUGGCCAGUUACGAUGCCGAACUGCACUCACGUCAAGACCCUGAUGAGGACGCGCUUGCAGAUGAGCUUCCCUGAAAUGGUUUCUGACAGUUUGUGAGGACGUUUUUCAGUUGUGCAAACCCAGUUACAUCAGCUGUCCUGGUGGCUCAUUUCCGACCAUCCUGCAGGUGAAAAAGCCGGAUGUGGACGUCUUGGGCUGGCAUGGUUACACGUGGUCUGCAGUUGGAUGUACUGCCAUAAUCUCUAAACCGCUGGAGGCAGUUUACGGUAGAGAAAUAACAAUUUCUUGGAUCUUUUAUUUCACCUCAUAAAACAUGGGAACAACACUUUACAUGUUGCAUUUAUAUUUUUGUUCCAUGUAGAUUGAAAGACUGAACAUUUAAUUUGUCAAUUGUGCUUUCAUUUUCCCCAUCGUGAUAAACAAUUCAUGAAUAUGUAAGAAAACAAAAGCAAUUAAUAUAAAAUACUUUUGAAAACCUUGUA